AUGAGUGGGAGAAGCGGCUAUAGUAACGGCAACGGAUACGGGCACCCCGACACCGGCCGGUACGACGAUGGCCGAUACGACAGCAACGACAGCCUUGGAGUGAACGGGAACGGGUACGGCGGUCGGGGAGGCAGUAACGGCUCGACUGGAGGAAGCCGGGAUCUCCGACCUGGUGGUUAUGGCGGAUUCUACGCUGAGUCGAGUACGUCUGUUUCGCCAGGCCAGUCGCCGGAGCGGAGGCGCGAUAUGUCGGACCGGGAGAGACAGCAGUCGUCUCAGUCGACUUCACAAUCGCGGCCGAGAGAUGGGGGCUCUGAUAGGCGAUACCAGACUGCGAGGGAGGAUCGAUCAACUGAGGAGGCUCGCUAUCCGGAUAAUCGCAGUCGCGACAGGCUUGUGCCUGAGAUGGGCUUGGUUCCGUUCGACACCGAUGGAAAGAUGUCUGUUGAAGAGGUGCUGCAGACUAUUCAACGCGAUUGGGACUUUAUGGUGGACUCCGAAUGCAUUCCGGUCAAUGUUGCCCUGAGCUUGAUGGACACGAGUACAUUGGGGAAAGCGGAUAGAGAGCCAGAAAUCUUGAAGAUGCAUGCUCAGAUCCAGCGGACACUGAAGUCUAUCGUCAACGAACAUCAUCAGGGAUUCAACAGUUCGAUUGGUACAUAUCACAAAAUCCAAUCUCACAUCUCCAGCUCUCAGAGCCGAGUACGUAAUCUCAGAAACUCCCUGGAGGAGGCAAAGUCUGGGUUGCUUUCAACAAAGCCAGAGCUGAAAGGAUUGGCAACGUCUUCUCAAAACUAUGAUGACAUCCUUCAGCUUUUUGCACAGAUUGAAGAGAUUCAAUCUCUUCCCGAGAAACUCGAGUCGCGAAUUUCGGACAAGCGAUUCCUUGCAGCUGUCGAAGUACUUCACACAGGGCAGCGAUUGCUACGGCGGCCUGAGCUUGAGGACAUCGGUGCUUUGUCCGAUAUUCGUGCCUAUUUCACCAACCAAGAGAUUUCCCUUACCGACAUAUUGAUCGAGGAGUUACAUGAUCAUUUAUACCUCAAGUCCCCUUAUUGUUCGGAUCGAUGGAAGGCACCCACUACAGAGGGAGUAGUGAACCCAACGAGUUGGACGAGCAAUAGAUCUUGGGAGCGUCCGGUUUACAGCUUCUUAUCCAAGUUUGAUGCAUCUACGCCAAUGGUUGAAGAUGCAUCUCGAAACCCGGAGGCUGAUACUUUCACUUAUAUCCAGCUGCUGAUUGAGGCUUUGAGUAAGAUGGGCCAUCUUGCCACUGCUGUUGAUAGGAUUGAACAACGCUUGCCAGUGGAGCUGUUUACUGUGGUCGAUAAGACUAAUGUUGAAGUCGAUGCUCGGUAUCCUACUCCAAAUCGCAGCUAUUCUUCCCACGACAACCAGCUCAAGUCUAAUCUACCCACGGAGAAUAUUGAACAGCGCGGCCAUGUGCUUUCUGAAUUUCUUUGGGCCCUCUAUGCCAAGUUCGAGUCAAUUGCAGAAGGUCACCGAGUUUUGCACGAUGUGGUUCAGGCAAUCGUUGAGCGGGAAGGCUCUGCUAAAAGCGACACGCUGGGUGCAGGAUUCAAAGAACUGUGGAAGCUUUUGCAAAGUGAGAUCCGGUCGUUAUUGCACGACUACCUCGCUACUGAUGGCGAGAUUUCAUUCAGGGCUCGAGGUGAGGAGGCUGAUGCUCGGCGGAAUUUUAACUCGGGUAACCGAGACAAGAACAAGAAGAUGUUCAAGCUUUCCGAUAUCGAUCAGAAUUCGGAGAUGAAAGCUGAGCAAGAUGAGCUAGAUGAAAUUCUCAAAUCGUCAGUACCUGGUUUAGUCUCCAAGUCCAGACAAAAGGCAGCUGCUGCCGAUUCAACACAAACCAAGCAAGGCAACUCAGGAACCGGCCAUAAGCUUCUUCUUGAGCCUAGUGUUUUCAAUAUGAGACUUCUACUCCCGCCAUCGCUAUCCUUCAUCCAGCGGCUCAAAGACAUCGUCCCAGUCGACUCGGAUAUUUCAAUGACCACUUUGACUUCCUUCUUGGAUGACUUUAUGGUCAACGUGUUUCUUCCUCAAUUGGAUGAAACGGUGACAGACCUUUGCACGCUGAGCUUUAUUGCCGCUGAUGCAUUUACCGAAGAUCCCCAGUGGACCAAGGUUUCGCCUCGGCCUAUUUUCAAGGGAACGGUCAAGUUCAUGACGAUUGUGCGCGAGUUUAGCAAAAUGCUAUCGAGCAUUCCGCACGACCAGGCUUUCACACAGCUUAUAAUUGACCAGAUUGUCACGUACUAUGACAAGUGCUGUGGCUGGUAUAAAGCAAUGGUGACCAAGGUUUCCGCUCGCAACCAUGGAGGCGAAGUACGACUGAAGGCUGCAGCAGCAUAUGCUGAGACUGGUGAUAUUCAUGAUGUUGUGGAUGAACUGUGGACAGGAGCCGGUGCUAAAAAGAAGACUCUCAUCGAUACUGAAAUCGACCUUCUCCUGAAGAGGACAGACAGUUCACCUCUGGAGCCAUACGACAUCAUAUCAGACCCGAAGACAGUCGUUGCUCUCUCACUUCUCUACAACAGCAUGCAAUGGUUAGGAAGUCACCUUGCCAAGAUCCGACUCGUCGUUGACACCUCUCACGAAACGAGCGCUCCAACCGUAACCGCAAAUGGCCGACCGUCCCGAAGAUGGACCCUCUUCGGCGCCAUGAAGCCCAAGCGCGACAGCAUCAGCCAACCAGUCCAUCUACCCCUAAACCACCAGACAGCCACCGCCUUCGACGAAACCGUACAAUCACUCCACAGACUCGGGUCUAACGCCCUUCUAACCCUCCACGUCGACAUCCGCUGCGGUAUAAUCCACAUGCUAACAAGAACAAUGUCCGGCCCCAACCCGCCUACCGUGCGCAAUUCCGAGCCCAUGACCCCCUCUCCGAGUCUAUCCCAGAGCUGGUGGCACAUCAUCAUGAACCAGCCCACAGCCGCAUCCCCGACAAUCCUCCAAUUAAACGGUGACUUGAUCGCAUUCGACACGAAUGUCUCCACGUACCUCGGGCCGGCGGAGAGGUGGUUCAUCACAUCUGGAUUGGCAAGAGUGAUCGAUCGUGUAUUCGUCGCAUGUACACGCUACAUUGGCGCUAUGAAUGAGAAUGGCGCUUUACGGCUCCAGCUGGAUGUUCUUGUUCUUCAGCAAAACCUGAAGAAUAUCAUCAUCGAUCCAUCUAUUGAUCAAAACUCUCCUGAUCAGGAGGUUGUCGCGCUGCCUCGGAGCGCUAAGUUCCUGGAUUGGUUCCUGGAAGGUGCUGAGAAGGCGCUGGACUAUGCGAAUGAAGAGAAAGGUGCGUUUGCGACACAGGGUGAUAAGGCGUUGGCUGCUGGGAAUGGUGAGCCGUUUACGUACGAGGAACUUCGUGUUUUGGUAGAUCUUUGCUUUUCUGAGAUUCUGCGCGGUCCUCGUGGUGCGGAAAACCGGGAGGACUUUAUGUCGGCGAAGAAGGCUAGUGCGGAUGCUUUGUUGCGUCUGAAUGAGGUGAUGUGGGAUGCACACUGA